AUGGAUUACAAAGGGCUGAGCAUGACUAAACUUUUGGCGCUGAACAUUGGUCUGUUGAAGCAAUGUGUGGAAUUCAUACUGAAAUGUAUGCCAGUCCAAAUGAAAGCGAUCCACAUGGUGAGUCAGUCGUACCUUUAUGACAUGGUGAUGGCAAUUGUCAGGCAUCUGCUCAGCAGGAAGUACGCCGAAAGGAUACACCUCCACGGAACAAACUUUGAAGGGCUGCACAAGGAACUGCCCGCUGAUACGCUGCCGGAAGUGUACGGAGGCAGCGGGCCCGCCUUAGACUUCGACGCCUUUUGGAGCCUCGUGGAUGCGCAAGAACCGUCCUUCGUUGAAAACAAUGGCUACGGAUAUCUCAAAACAAAGAAAAAAGGAGCGAAACUUGUGAAAGGAGCAACAUAG